AUGCUAAAAUGCAACAUUGGGUGCUCUUGGCAUCCUGGCAGCCUCAACAGUGGUGCUUCGUGGCUCGUUCGUGAUCAUUCAGGUAUGGUAUUGUUCCAUAGCAGAAGAUCUUACGCUAUGGUAACUUCUCCGCUUGAGGCUGAAUUGCGUAGCUUCUACUGGGCUAUUGAAUCUCUAAGAAACAUGCAUUUUAGAGUAAUAGCUUUCGGGUCUCCCCUGCUACAUGCUAGGAAAGCGCUCAUGGAGCCUCAUCUCUUUCCCCAGCAUCGGCCCCUGAUUGAUGAGAUUUUUACUCUCCUUCAGUCUUUCGCCUUAUGGAGUCUGUUUCACACAUCUUACCCCUCCAAUCGUGCUGCCAAUGCUAUUGCCAAUAGUGUUUUUGAGUUCAAUAAGCACCAAUCUUACAUCGCCAGACAUGGCCCUUUGUGGCUCCAUAAUAUUAUUGCUGAUGAUGCUGUACGCUCUGAUAGGUUUGAUAUGCCUGGCUUCUCCCUCAUUGUCUGA